AGAAGCACUGGGGGACGAGCCGCAGGCGACCCCCAAUCACACAGCGCAUAACAUAUACCGUUUCGUUCUUGUCAACUUACUAUCUUCUCUUUAAUCGACUUUUCAUUCUGCCAAGAUGUCCAUUUGGGAUGCCCUGACGGGACGCAAGUCCUCCUCACAGACCCCGUCAUCGAGCGCGCCAUCUCCGCCAUCAGCGCCCGCGACCACCACUGCCUUCCAGCCGACCCCCUUCGACCCUACCACCGCCCAGGGUGUAGACGCCUUCCUCGGCAGCUCCUCCUUCGCCGACCCCUCACAACUACACCCACUCGCGGGGCUGAACAAAGACACACUAGAAUACCUCACCCUUGAAGACUCUGCGCUCUCGGAACUCCCCGGCUCGCAAUCAGUGCUGCCGUCGCGCGGCUUCACAGACGACCUCUGCUACGGCACCGGCACAACAUACCUGGCGGGCCUGACGAUAGGAGGCGCGUGGGGCCUGCAGGAAGGCCUGAGGAAAUCGGUCGGGGCGCCGCCCAAGCUCCGGCUGAACGCGGUGCUCAACUCGGUCACCCGGCGGGGGCCCUUCCUGGGCAACUCGGCGGGCGUGGUGGCCAUAUGCUAUAACUGCAUCAACUCCUACAUCGGCUACCUACGGGGGAAGAAUGAUGCCGCCAACACGAUCGUGGCUGGCGCCCUCAGUGGCAUGCUGUUCAAGAGCACGAGGGGGCUUCGGCAGAUGAUGAUCUCGGGCGGUAUCGUGGCAUCUGUGGCUGGUGUCUGGGCGAUCGUCAGAAGGGCAUUCUUCCAUGGCGAGCCCAUUCAUGCCGAGGCUCGCGCACAUUUGUGAACGAAUAGCUGGAUUUGCGACGUCAUGCACAUCAACCCGAUAGUCUGUCUCUCUUUCACUACCGCAUUUCACCCUUUAAUCUACAGAGAGCAGCAAUCUUCCACAGGGGCCGGUUUGUGUGUAUAUAUGUCCUUGGGGGACUCGAGGUGUACGAAACAUGACUUGGGGGCGAAGGGACGGGUAUGCAUAGCGCACGGUAUCUCUCCUCCCCGUGAAAAUUGUACAAUAGUGGCUUAUAGUCAUAGAGCGCCCUGGUUGAGCGCAAAGGCAUGUGCCGAGCUUUCAUCAUCCGAGGGCGCAGCUGUUGGGGCCAUCAACGAGCUCUGGUUGCUCAUGUGUCAGUGG